GACAGACCUUUUGUUUGUCAUGUGUGCAGUAAGAGAUUUACACAGAAAGCUCAUCUAAUCAUUCACAAAAGAAUCCAUACUGGUGAAAAGCCAUACUCCUGUCACAUCUGUCACAAGAGGUUUGCACAAUCGUCCCAUCUUACUGUUCACAAGCGUGUUCAUACGGGCGAGAAGCCCUUUUUCUGUAAUUUUUGCGGGAUGGGUUUCUGCCGAAGGCCUCGCCUAGAGGCUCAUAUACUGCAGCAUGUAGUGAAAGAG